AUGUCUUCACAAGAUUUUGAGACUUUAAUAAAUAUGGUUGGGCCAAAAAUACAAAAAAGUGAUACACGUUUUCGGAAAGCAAUUCCAGUCAAAGAACGAUUAGCGGUUACUUUACGCUUUCUUGCUACCGGUGAUUCGUACACAAGUUUGCAGUACCUUUUUGGGAUGUCCAAACAAAUAAUAUCACUUAUUAUUCCAGAAGUUUGUGAAGCACUUAUUGAAGGACUUCAAGAUAACAUUAAGGUAAAAUACAUAAUCAUAUAA